UAAAUUGCACCUGAGACUGUAGCAAGGUCAGGGUGAGAGGGGCACCAUCUCCAUGUCUCAUUUGUUUCAUAAAAUCUUCCUGGUUUUGGCCAUUGGUAGUGCAUGGCGGCUUAUCCUAACUCUGUCCUGAAGUGAGGUGGAAAAUUUGACCAAUAAUCCAGCAUCAGUAAGAAAACCAAGAUAUCUAGACAUCAGGAGGCCACCAUGAAUGGGCAGCUGGACUUAAGUGGCAAGCUGAUCAUCAAAGCUCAGCUUGGGGAAGAUAUCAGGAGGAUUCCUAUCCAUAAUGAGGACAUCACCUAUGAUGAGUUAGUACUAAUGAUGCAAAGAGUUUUUAGAGGGAAACUUCUGAGCAAUGAUGAAGUCACAAUAAAAUAUAAAGAUGAAGAUGGAGAUCUUAUAACAAUUUUUGAUAGCUCGGAUCUUUCCUUUGCAAUUCAAUGCAGUAGGAUACUUAAGCUGACACUAUUUGUCAAUGGACAACCAAGACCCCUAGAAUCUAAUCAGGUGAAAUAUCUGCGUCGAGAACUGAUAGAACUUCGCAAUAAAGUCAAUCGUCUGCUGGACUGUCUAGAGCCGCCAGCGGAGCCUGGGAUUUCUGCUAACCUGCCUGAAAAUGAUGCUGUGGAUGGUAGGGAAGAAAAACCUGCUGCUGCUGACUCUACUGUUAAGCCAUCUACUCAAGUUAUAGCAGCAAGCAUGUCUGCAUUUGAUCCGCUGAAAAAUCAGGAUGAAAUCAGCAAGAAUGUCAUGUCAGCAUUUGGCUUGACAGAUGAUCAAGUAUCGGGACCACCCAGUGCCCCUGCCGAGGAGCGCUCAGGAACCCCGGACAGCAUCGCUUCCUCCUCCUCCGCAGCCCAUCCGCCCGGGGUGCAGCCGCAGCAGCCGCCGUACGCAGGAACGCAGCCGCAGCCUGCUCAGGUGGAAGGCCAGAUGUACCAGCAGUACCAGCAGCCUGGAUACCCUGCUCAGCAGCCACAGGCGCAGCCUCAGCAGCAGCAGUAUGGUCUGCAGUACCCAGGAUUCCAGUCAAUGGAGAGGUUUCAUUGCAAGUAGCUGCAGCAGGUUACAGCCAGCAGCCGCCCUCCCAGCAAGCGCAGCAGUU